UUCUUUCUACUGAAGUAAAGUGACUUACUAAAAAGUUAUAAAAUCAAAAAAGUUAUUAAAGAUGAAAACUAUAUUGAUGGUCUUCUCAUUUUUUGUUUUAAUACAAAAAUAUGAGAGUGCAAAUAUUUUGGCGAUAUUUCCAUUCCCCGGCAAAAGCCAUUUUAUGAUGCUUCACCCCAUUGUGAAAAGAUUAGCUGAAAAUGGACACAAUGUUGAUGUUAUGAGUCAUUUUCCUCAAAAGGAACCAAUUCCUGGCUACAAUGAUAUAAGCCUAAAAGGUUCCAUGCCAAUCCUAACAAACAACGUAACCCUAAAUACCUUAAAAUCAAAGGGAAUCCUCAACGAUUUAAUUUUUAUUUUCCGUUUUGGAGGCACAAUGAUGUGCGAUUCGGUUCUUGCAACAAAUGAAGCCCAAGCCUUACGAAAUACAACGAAAAAGUACGAUGUUUUAAUCUCACAUUUAAUGCCAUCUGAUUGCUUGAACGUAUUCGCUGGAAUUUUUCGAAUACCUUUAAUUACAAUAAGCACCACCGUGAAUCAACCAUGGAGCAGCGAUUUAAUCGGGAUUCCAGACAAUCCUUCUUACAUUCCUCAUAAUUAUAUGACAGCCGGCACAAAAAUGACUCUAAAACAACGUUUAUGGAACACUUUAGCUUUAAUGUUGUAUAAAAUGAGUUUUGAUUAUUUCCAAGAAGAAGCGAAUAGAAUUAUUAUAAAGCAUUUUGGUGAAGGGAUACCGCAUUUAAAAGAGAUUGCUAAAAAUACUAGUUUGGUGAUAACAAAUAGCCACUUUAGUAUACAACAACCACGACCGGCUGUUCCUAAUUUUAUUGAAGUAGCUGGUGUUCACAUCGAUGGGAACGUUCAAUUAAACGAUUAUUUUUCGAAAAUUUUAAAUGACUCAACUAACGGUGUUAUUUAUAUGAGUUUUGGGUCGAUGUUAAUGACGGAAACGUUGCCGGAAAAUGUAUUAAAAUCGAUUUUUAAUACCUUUAAAAAAUUACCAUUAAAAAUUUUAUGGAAAGCCAAUCGCGAUUUGUUCCCGAAAAAUUUGGAAAUACCGUCAAACAUUCAAUUUGAAACUUGGUUACCACAACUGGGAAUUUUAUGCCAUCCAAACACAAAAUUAUUUAUUAGUCAUGGUGGGAUGUUGAGCACUCAAGAAGCUAAUUAUUGUGGCGUUCCAAUACUCGGAAUUCCAAUUUUUGCCGAUCAAGUUUUAAACAUUAAAACGGUUGCAACAAAAGGAACCGGAUUAGAAUUAAAUUUCGAAGAGAUUAACGAAGAAAUCUUUUCGAUGGCUGUUGGACAACUUUUAGGAGACGAUUUUAAGAGACGAGCUGAAGAAGUAUCAAACAUUUACAGAGAUAGACCGUCAUCACCAUUGGAUACUGCUGUUUAUUGGAUCGAAUAUGUUAUUAGACACAAAGGAGCAUAUCAUUUAAGAUCUCAUAGCGUCGAAUUACCUUGGUAUCAAUAUUUUUUGAUUGAUGUUGCGUUAAUAUGUUUAUCAGUGGUGGUCAUAGCGUUUAUGUUAGGAUUUUAUAGUACUAAAUUUUUAAUUGCGCUGUAUAAGAAAUUUUUGUAUCAUAAGUUUAAAACGGCUUGAGAAUCAAUUUUAUGUAAAUCUUUAUGAUGUCCUAUUAUUUAUUUUGUAUAUUAUGUAAAUAUUUAGAUUAUAAUAAAAAAUU